AUGAUGAUGAGCAGGCACCACAUUCCAGCGUAUGGGGACUGGGAUAACUGGGAUGAUCUGCGCAUGGCAGUGAGAGCAGCUUAUCAUCAACAUCACCAGCAUCACCAGAGAAAGGUGAAGAGAGGAGGAGAGAAGCAGAGGAAGCAAUGGAGGGUGUGUGAUGUGGCAGCUCAGACCACAGCAAGAGGAGGAAGAGCUCCCAAGGCUGUGGACGAGGACUUGUACAAGAUUCCACCUGAGCUCCUCCACAAGAAGCCCGAGAGGAAGAUGCUGCUGAGGAGCUUGGUGUCAGGAUGCAUGGGGCUCAACUGCAUUGCUUGAGAGAGAGAGAGAGAGAGAGAGAGAGAGAGGAUGUAGAAGUAAUGUAGUGAGGGUGAAGAAGAUGAGCAUCAGUAGAGGUGUAGUUUUUGUAGCACUUUUUUGCAUGUUUCCUUCCUUCUUUCAGCAGUGUGGAGAGGUGGUAUUGGUAGACUUUGUUGUUGUGCUUGAAAUCUAUAUGCAUUGAUCUCACAAUCUGCCACUAUCUAUGACACACACAGCAUACUAGUCAAUCAAUAGUAUCAUUCAAGUUGGCAUUUAAAGACCAUUGAAACCAGGUAGAGUCUUACAUGUCCUCCAGCUUUCAUCAGGUUGGGAGUUGCAAGCAGAAGAGUGCAAGGGUUGGACAAGGAGCUGUUUAAUGUCUCCAAAAGGCUGUGGUGAUAUGGUACCAUUAGUCCUUCCCACUCUCCAAGAGUGAAACCAAAUUUCUAUAAAGUAAAAGAGGAGACAGAAAAUGCUGAUACAUGAUUUUCAAACACAAUGUAACUGAGAUCAUAUAAAAUGAACAUUGUUGUUUCAUUGCCAUGAACUCCUUUUUCUUCUUGAGAAUGAUGAUGAGAUUGAUAUUUCUACCUCAAGUACCAAAAUCCAAUAUCUCAAUGACUCAAGUUCUACAUUAGACUCGAUCCAACAUCCUCUCUGCUCCUUAGAAACCUGCAUAUUAAAACCUGAAAUCACUAAGCUCUCUCAACUUGGAAUAAGUUGAGAGAGGUUAGUUAAUACAGUUGAUGUAUGCUACAGGUAAUAGUGUAGUUGACUUUGCUAGAAAAAAAAUACUUUUACAAUAUAAAAGAAAAAUGUCAACUCAAAAACUCAGAUACUUACCAUCUCAUUGAUGUAAAAGAUAAAAGGAACUGAUAAGCUAGAAUAAAACAAUUUGAUGUACAC